GGUUAUAAUCGGUGCAACCGGUUUUCUCCUAUUUACACACAGAGAGACAACUCUAUUUCUAUAUACGGGAUAGCGGUCGCCAAGGUGUCAGAAGUCUGCUCCCUGUAACUGGGAUACCCCUUCCAUCUCCGCGGAGCACCGCUGGAAACUAUUUUUCUUCCCAUAAACUUCCGAACGAGACCGAUCCACACUCGCACCUUUCUGCUUGGAGAACUAAUAGCUUUAUUCGCUAAGGAGUUGGAAAACACGUCGCAGUAUGCCACAAAAAGAAUACCACAACCAAGCCACGUGGGAGUCUGGCGUUGCCUCAAUGAUGCAGAACAAGGUGUAUGACAUCUGUGAUGAAGGUCACUCUGGCGUGAACCAGCUGGGCGGUGUGUUCGUUAACGGUAGACCGCUACCGGACUCCACCAGGCAGAAAAUAGUGGAACUCGCUCACAGUGGCGCGCGGCCGUGUGAUAUCUCCAGGAUUCUGCAGACCCAUGAUGGUGCAAAAGUCCAAGUGCUGGACAAUGAAAACGUGUCCAACGGUUGUGUGAGCAAGAUUCUGGGCAGAUACUAUGAAACUGGCUCCAUACGACCGAGAGCAAUAGGCGGUAGCAAGCCUAGGGUAGCCACUCCAGAGGUGGUCGGUAAAAUUGCGCAGUACAAGCGGGAGUGUCCGUCUAUCUUCGCGUGGGAGAUCCGGGACAGACUUCUGUCAGAGGGAGUCUGCACCAACGACAACAUACCAAGUGUCUCGUCGAUAAACAGAGUGCUACGCAACCUGGCUAGUGAGAAGCAACAGAUGGGUGCAGAUGGCAUGUAUGACAAGCUGAGGAUGCUCAACGGUCAGACAGGAACUUGGGGGACCCGGCCAGGCUGGUACCCCGGAACGUCGGUGCCAGGACAGCCCAACCCAGACGGUUGCCAACAACAGGACGGUGCAGGGGAAAACACGAACUCCAUCAGCUCCAACGGGGAGGACUCGGACGAGACGCAGAUGCGACUCCAGUUGAAAAGGAAGUUACAGAGGAACCGCACGUCCUUCACCCAGGAGCAGAUCGAAGCGCUGGAAAAAGAAUUUGAACGAACUCAUUAUCCGGAUGUUUUUGCGAGAGAGAGACUAGCAGCGAAAAUCGACCUGCCCGAAGCAAGAAUACAAGUAUGGUUCUCAAACAGGAGAGCAAAGUGGAGGCGAGAGGAGAAGCUCCGGAAUCAGCGUCGCCAGGCCAACAACUCCUCCAGUCACAUCCCGAUCAGCAGCAGCUUCAGCACCAGCGUCUACCAGGCCAUCCCGCAGCCCGCCACGCCAGUGUCUUUCUCUUCGGGGUCAAUGCUGGGUAGACCUGACACAGCACUCACGAACACCUACAGUGCGCUGCCUCCCAUGCCGAGCUUCACCAUGUCCAACAACCUACCUAUGCAACCCAGCCAGACCUCCUCCUAUUCCUGCAUGCUGCCUACCAGUCCGCCUGUGAAUGGGCGGAGCUACGAAACAUACACGCCCCCUCAUAUGCAGGCACAUAUGAACAGCCAAUCAAUGACAUCUUCUGGUACCACCUCAACAGGACUCAUCUCUCCUGGAGUGUCUGUCCCUGUGCAGGUCCCAGGGGGCGAACCUGACAUGUCUCAGUAUUGGUCAAGACUACAGUAG